AUGAAGCCUGCCGUCUAUACCCUUCUUGGCCUGGCUGCUGUCAGCCAGGCUUCACCUGCUGAGAAGCGGGCAGGCACUGCCUCUGCAUUCAGCUCCAACUCUGCAGGAAACUACAAGUUGUCUUCCAUCGCCGCGCCGGUUCAAGGUGCUGGUAGUCCUGGCUCCGAGUCGACCUGGAAGCUUACUAUCGAUGACACAAGUUCCGGUCACAAGCAGACCAUUGUCGGCUUUGGUGCUGCUGUUACCGAUGCAACUGUGACUUCUUUCAACUCGCUAUCGAGUUCGAGUCUGCAGACACUCCUGAAUCAGCUCAUGACCGGAUCGGGUGCCGACUUCUCUUUGAUGCGCCACACCAUCGGAGCUUCAGACCUGUCUGGUGACCCGGCAUACACCUACGAUGACAACGGAGGCUCAGCAGACACAUCACUCUCGGGCUUCAAUAUUGGCGAUCGUGGAAAUGCGAUGGCCAAGAUGUUGGCCUCGAUGAAGUCAUUGCAAUCCAACCUCAAGAUCUUCGGCUCUCCCUGGAGCGCCCCUGGCUGGAUGAAGCUGAACGGUGUCAUCGACGGAUCCACGACUAACAAUAAUCUGAAUGAUGGCUACUUGAGUAGUGGUACCGGAACCUCGGGAUAUGCCAGUGCAUUCGCACAGUACUUUGUCAAGUACAUCCAGGCCUUCAAGAACCUUGGAGCCCCUAUCGACGCAAUCACUAUUCAAAACGAGCCUUUGAACAGCCAGUCUGGCUACCCCACGAUGUAUGUCUAUGCCGACGAGUCUGCACAGCUCAUUCAGAACUAUAUUGGUCCUGCUAUCUCAAAGGCCGGCCUGGACACGGACAUCUGGGCGUAUGACCACAACACCGAUGUCCCCAGCUACCCCCAGACUGUCAUCAACGGCGCCAGUGAAUACGUCGACUCAGUCGCCUGGCACUGCUACGCCAACCCAGUGGACUGGACCGUCCUCACCACCUUCCACAACAGUAACCCAUCCGUGAAGCAGUACAUGACCGAGUGCUGGACCCCGUCGGGAACCUGGAACCAAGCAGCCGACUUCACUAUGGGACCGUUGCAGAACUGGGCUGUCGGUGUAACAGCAUGGACUCUCGGCACCGACUCCAGCGACGGCCCGCACCUCUCCAGCGGCGGAUGUGCUACCUGCCAGGGCCUGGUUACCAUCAACAAUGGUGCUGUCAUCUACCAGCCGGCCUAUUACAUGAUGGCGCAGUUCAGCAAGUUCAUGCCUCCUGGUGCCAUUGUCUUGAGCGGUACUGGUAGCUACACCUACUCCAGUGGUGAAGGUAUCCAGUCUGUAGCCUCGCUGAACCCGGAUGGAACUCGUUCCGUUGUCAUCGAGAACACUUUCAGCAACGAUGUUUAUUUGACCCUCACCACCCAGGGUGGACAGGAGUGGAGUGGUAAUGUCCCCAGUGAGUCGGUCACUACCUGGGUGCUUCCGGCAUCCAGCUAG